AUGCCUACUCACGCUACUAUUGAAGUACCUAGCCUCGGAAAAAUUGAGGUUCCCACAGGUCUUUUCAUUGACAAUGAAUGGGUCGAAUCUGUCUCCAAAGAGACCUUCUCCACCGUCAACCCCGCUUCCGGUAAACCAUUCUUAGACUUUGCACAUGCCAAGAAGGAGGAUGUGGACAUUGCGGUCAAAUCGUCUAGAAAGGCUUUCAAGACCGUUUGGGGUAACAAUGUCGCUGCGACCGAAAGAGCUGCUUUGCUCAACAAGUUCGCAGACUUGAUCGAGAGAGAUGCCGCCAAAAUUGGUGCUCUGGAAUCCUUGAACUCUGGAAAGGGUGUACGAAUUGCUCGUGAAUUCGAUGUUGGAGAUUCCAUCGCUGCCUUGAGAUAUUAUGCUGGUCUUGCCGAUAAAUCACACGGACAAACUCUGAACCAUUUCGGCAAAGAAAAAUUCGUUUACACGCUUCAUCAACCCAUCGGUGUCUGUGGUCAAAUCAUCCCAUGGAACUACCCUCUCAUGAUGUGGGCUUGGAAAGUUGGCCCAGCUCUUGCUGCUGGAUGCACCGUUGUCAUGAAACCCUCCGAGCUCACUCCGCUUACCGCAUUGGUAAUGUGUGAUUUGGCUAAAGAAGCCGGUUUCCCCCCCGGUGUCAUCAACACUGUGGGUGGUUUGGGCGCUACCACUGGAGAUGCUAUCUCUCGACAUAUGGAUAUCGACAAGGUCGCUUUCACCGGAUCUGUUAUCACCGGAAGAAGGAUUUCCAUCGCUGCUGCAGAAUCCAACUUGAAGAAAGUCACUCUUGAGCUCGGAGGAAAAUCCCCUUCUAUCAUCUUCAACUCUGCAGAUAUCGAGGAGGCUGCUUCGUGGGUCGCCAUGGGUAUUUGGUUCAACUCUGGUCAAGAUUGUACCGCCAGUAGUAGGCUGUAUGUGCAAGAAGGUAUUUACGACGAGUUCAUCACUGCUCUUGCCGCCAAAGCCAAAGCAUGUGCUAUCGGACAACCAUCGGACGAAUCUACCUCGUUUGGACCUUUGAUUUCCGAAGCUCAACGGGACAAGGUUCUGUCAUAUAUCGAAUCCGGUAAAUCUGAGGGUGCUCGAGUAGUGACCGGUGGUCAGAAAUGGCCUGACUCCAACGGUGGAUACUGGAUCGAACCUACUAUCUUGGCCGAUACUACCAACAGUAUGAAGGUCGUUCAAGAAGAGAUUUUCGGUCCCGUUAUCGUAGCUUCUAAAUUCAAAGACGAGGAUGAAGUCAUCGAAUUGGCCAAUAACUCGAUAUAUGGCUUAGCUGCAGCAAUCUUCACAAAUGACGCUAAACAACAAACCAGACUCGCUACAGCUAUAGACGCCGGAACAAUUUGGCUCAACCAGUAUGGUAUCCUUCACCCCAGUGUGCCCUUUGGUGGAUUCAAGCACUCUGGUAUUGGAAGAGAGCUGGGAACAUACGGUUUAGAGGCAUAUCAACAGGUCAAAGCCGUACAUCAAAAUUUGACCCAGACCAUGUGA